AGGAAAUUAUUCGAAGAAGCAAAAUAAUGUAACUGCUGCCCGUUUAAUUUUCACAAGAGUGUGACUGCUUUUGUAUGUAUGAGAAAACAUGCGAGAAAAUGGGGAAAUGCAAUUGGCAAAUUAGUAUGAAAAUCCAUCAAUUUUGGCAUAUAAGUUGGACGCUAAUUUUCUGCAUGGGAUACCAUCUAAUGAGCACCGUAGCGGAUUUGAUUGAAAAAAAUUCAACUCUCUGCCAAUAAACGCCAAUUGCCGUGCAUGGGCUUUAUAUGGCGGCUGUAAUGACUGCUUGUAUUUUUAAUUUGGCUGAUUGCUCGGAAAAUAUAUAGCGCCUAUAAAGGAGCGCAGGAGGGAGGUAUGUAUAGUUCCAUGUUAAUGUGUCACACCUCAAGUUUACCUUGAAUUUUUCUGACGCUCUCUCAAACACACCGUCUAUUUGUGAUGUAUUUGCUCCUCAGUUAAUGAAAACCAUUCUUUUUUUUCUCUUUCAAACACCAUGUAUGACUCAAAAUGCUAAAGGCAACGUCGCCGAGGGAGGAAAAUGAAUAAAAUAUUGAGUUUUAUUACUAAUUGAGAUGUGCUAGAAAAAAAGGUUUAUAGAUAUGGAAGAACUAGGCAUCAGGUUUAUAUGAAGAGGUGGAACAUAUUACCUGGUGCUUUAUUGACUGUUGCGUGUAUUUGCGAUAGCAAUAUUUUGGAUUAUGGAGUAAAAAUAAACACUAUUAAAAGAAUUUCCCCCCGACGAUUGUAUGUGCACGAUAGGACGAGGAAUUUAAUCUGGAUAAAGGAAAAACCAAUGUGAUGACUCAACUUAAGGGGGAAAAUCAGGGAAAUUUUGUUUGAAUAUUUUAUAUUUUAGGAGUAGCGUGAUAAAUAUUACAAAUCACAGGGCGUUCCAUUCAUGCAGCCGUCUUAAAAGGAGUUUAUUCUCUCCAUUAUGGAAUAGUUCUUUAUUCAAUGUUAAUCUUCUAGUACAGAAUUAAGAAAGAAUCUCAAAAACAAUAAGAAAUCGUCAAAUAGAGUCCAUAUUUUCUAUUAACUGUGAAAAGACAUAAAAAAAUUAUUUGAACAUUUAAAGAAUGACGUCAUUAUCGUGCUUUUUUGAGGUUUUUUUUAAUAGAAUUUUUUGCAUGCUGAGAAAAUGAGUAAAAUCGGUAAAAUUCUUUGCUGGAAAAUUAAAUUUUAGAUAAUUUUAAGAUUUCCAAAUGAAAAGACGAUAUUUUUUACAAAAAAAAAUCUCUUAAUUGUGCUAUGAAUGGAACACAUUGCAUUUGAGCCUAUUAAAUUUCACUUUUCUUAAUUUAUUUUAAUUAUUUUUGCGUAUUUGAAAGCAAAAGCGUAGGAUUGUGGUUCAAAUGUUGUCCCCAUUUGCCUCUUUGGGAUUCAGCUUAAUUAACUUAAAUAAAGUGUUUGAGCUCUCAGUUGCACAAACGCCCCACAAAAUGCAAGCUCACAAAAGUCAUUGAAUCUUCGCGCACACAUUUAGGGAAAUUGCAUGCAGAUUUUCUUCUACUAAACUGUGUGUGAGGCCUGUCUUUUGGAUGAAAAAUGAACUCGUCGCGUGUUCUCUUCCACGGAGUUUUGUCGCCUUGUAGCCGCAUGCUAGCUAUAUAGCGGCGGGCGGCGUCAAUGUGUUUUAUACAUCUCCGAGGCCGCGGUGUUUGAGAUCGUACGGAGCCGUCGUCAUUCAGUGUGAAACCUCCGAAGAGGCAUGAGGUGUUGCUCCACGCGGUCUGUGAAUUGAAUGUAUGGACAAGGGGAAAAGAAGUGUAUGCAGUGUGGUGUUGUAGAGUUUCAUUCACGGAGCACGUCGUUGUGUAUGAGUCAGUGAUUUUUUGGACAAGACUUCGAAGGUGAAGAAAAAAAAUAAGUGGCAGUACUGGAAAAAAAAAGAAAAGCAAAUCUCUCCAGCAAUCAACUCGCUGUUAUAUCAUUCGUUGGAGUUAUUUCGUGAUUGGAGGAGUAAUAAAUAAUAUAGGAUUUUUUUUUGCACACCACUAAAAGAAAAACCGUGAAAGAAUCACGCAAGAGUUUCUCAAAAGUGGGCUUGUCUUGUGUGUGCAUGAGUUCGGAGGUUUAUAAAGUAGAAAAAUUUAAUUUUUUUUAGGCAAGAAAAAGGCAUCUAAAUUGCACGUACAGCGCAUUAGCAAUUGACUUGCAUUGAUGUGGAAUUAAUUGCAUUUUGAGAAAAAAGACUCGAGAGCUACUCAAUGGAUAUAUAAAAAAAAUUGUGAAAAUCAUUUUUUCUUCUUGCUGCAGAGAGCAUUUCACUCCCAGCAGUGUGUGUUGAAUGUGGAAAUUUAAUGCGCCAAGUUGGUUGGAGAAUUUGAAAUUAUAGACAUUUCGUGGAUACCGCGCGAGCCGCAAAUAAAACCCGAAAGAGUUGAGUGAAAUUUUUUUUCACAACAUUUUCGGUUAGUGUGUCACUCCAAAGAUUGAAAUCCAAGAGAUGCCAACAGGCAAAUUGUAAAAGACAUUUCACCUGACUGAGGAACGAAGGCAUAUCUCAUGAGAUUUUCUCAUUAAGUGCUGUGUGCGUUUUGUUAGACAAGCUGAGAGAAAAAAACUCUGCAUUUCGUAAUAAAAUCGUGAUUUUUUUCGGGGGGAUUGGCACCUCAAAGAACAAAAAGAGCAACAUUAGGAGUUGAGAAAGACGCUGACAGAGACAGAUGAGUGAUGUGGAUUAUCCAACAAACCCCCCAUAAAUAGAAAAUCAAAAAAAAAGAAACUAUAAUAUUACAAAUUGUGCGUUCUCUGUGGUAUAAAAAAAAAGAUUUUGUGGGUAAAAGGACCACAAGAAAGGACAUAGAGACAAAAAAUGGAUCAUAUGAGAUCCUAAGGACAAGGGACAUACCUAUAGUGGAAAAAAAGGCAAGGUGGCAUUUCAAACCGAAGGCGUUGAGCGCCGUUGGGUGCGUCAGGCCGUGAUGGGUGUUCUUCGGUGGCGCGAUUUGCCCGGAUCCCGGAAUUCCGUGGGUGCCCGGACAUCGAUUGAGACUUCUCGGGAAGAGCGAGUACCCAACCUGCAUAUGCCAGUAGAUUCGCAGAGCCUUCCAAAUGGCCAGCAAACAAGUGGCUACCGCACCCUCCGACACUCCCUCAGCACCUCAUCGAGUUCCACACCAGCCUCACCGCAGCUUCCGGCUCACCAUAUGGUGCACACCUACCAAUCACAAUCCUCCGUUUCUUCGCAGGCCUCCUCAGUGGCGGCCCCGCCAUCGCAGCGACUCCUCGAGGAGACACUGGCCAAGGGGGCGCCUUACCCAAUGAUUGUCCUCCCUGGGAAUGGGGGCUACUGGCUCGAUGGGACGGAUCAUGAGUGUGCCUUUGAUGCACACGGAAACCCCGUUCUGGCACACAAUGCCUGGCGGGCAAAAUUUGAAACGGACGACACGGCAAAGUGCUACAGACGCUUCUUCAUUGGGCGCGAGCACUCAAAUCUCGUGGGGCACGAUGAAACCCUGGGGCCGGUCCUCAUGAGCAUCAAAUCGGAGAAUGUGGCGAAUCAGGAACAUGUGCGCAUCCUCCUCCGGCUACAGUCGGGUACAAUGCACGAAAUAAUCCCAACGUCCUGCCUCAUGCCAAACCCAUCACCGAUCCGCAUGGCUAAGUUGCUCAAUGAGCAGAUCAAUGUGGACACACUGACACCCAUCCUCUGCCCAAAGGCAUCCACCUCUAUUGCCAGCUACGAUGAACACGUUCUCGUGAGUAACUUCAAAUUCGGUGUGCUGUACCAGAGAUUUGGGCAGACGGCUGAAGAGGAGCUAUUUGGCAACAACACAUCAUCACCGGCUUUUGAGGAAUUCCUCGAUAUGCUGGGGCAGAGGAUUAAGCUAAAGGAGCACAAAGGCUACCGCGGUGGGUUGGACAUCCAGAAUGGGCACACUGGCGACACAGCUGUGUACGAAGUAUUCAAGGACCGUGAGAUUAUGUUCCACGUGUCCACACUGCUGCCCUUCACGGAGGGUGAUCCGCAGCAGCUGCAACGCAAACGACACAUUGGCAACGACAUCGUGGCUAUCGUGUUCCAAGAAUCCAAUACACCCUUCUCCCCAGAUAUGAUUGCCAGCCACUUCCUCCAUGCAUUCAUUGUGAUCCAACCACUGGAACCGAAUACCCCAAACACGCGAUAUAAGGUCUCAGUCACGGCGAGGGAUGAUGUACCCUUCUUUGGGCCAACCCUCCCCAAUCCGGCUGUUUUCCGCAAAGGUCCCGAAUUCACGGAAUUCCUCCUGACGAAGCUCAUCAAUGCCGAGAAUGCUUGCUACAAGGCGGACAAAUUUGCCAAACUCGAAUUGCGCACACGAACAUCGUUGCUGCAGAAUCUCGUGAUGGAAUUGCGGGAGAAAACACGAGAUUUCCUGGGGAUGGAUAUAUCACCAUCAUGUGGAAAUAUGUCCCCAUCACCGGAUACAUCCAAGUCUGAUAGCGGAAAUGCAGGAAGUCGUUUCAUUGACACCGUGAAGAAGGCGCUCAAUUCACGGCUGAGGUCGCAAAGUGUUGACACGAGUGCUGUGGACAAGGUGCAGAAUCCCCAAGGAACACUUGGGAUGGGGAAGAAGACCAAAGAGACGGAGAAUUCAACUGGAAGUAUGACACGAACAUUGUCCAAGUCAAAUACUGGGUCCAUUAAGAAAUCUCCUGAGGGAUCUAUUGCCUCAUCACCGGAUAUCACGUCGCGUGGUCCAAUCAACAACAACAACCACACCAGUAGCAACAACAACGCCACGGUCAAUGGGAAUGGGAACGGACCGGCAAUGUCGGAGACGAGUGAUGAUUCCAGCCUCAAUAGUGUUGACCUGGAUCCAAUGGCCUUCCAGAAUAUCGAUGGUGGAGCUACUUACAUUGAUAGUGAUACCGGAUUGGAAUCCAUGUCCUCAGCAGAGGCAACAACAAAAGCUUGCUCGCUGUGCUUGGAUGGUGUCUCGCCGGGGAAUUUACUUGCAGGCCCCGCAGAAGCUAUGCAACAGGUUGAGAAUCUCCGGCAGGAAGUGACGCGCCUCAAGUGUGACAAACUUGACUUGCUGCGACAGAAUGUGAAUUGCCAGCGAGACAUUAAGAGGCUUCGGGAGAGAGAAUUAUCUCUUCAGGGUGAUUUAGCGGCUGCAGGAAAGGAAAUUUUGAGGCUACGUGAUCUAUUGAAAGAGUACAUGCCCAAUACAGCGGCUGAUCCACAUUCCAUCUCACCCAUGACUUAGGAGACAGUGUGCUUAAGCAAAGAAAGAAAAACUGCAUAAAUGUCAAUUAACUGUUUUGAAAACAAACAUAGAGAAUGUUUCCUAACAUUUAUUUAGAGACAAAAAGAGAGCUAAAAGGGCAUUUUCUUGUGCAAUAAGAUUUUUUUAGAGGCCCUUUGUUUUUUAAUGAAUUUUUCUUUUUGUCACCUUUGACCGUCUUCACUUAUUUGAAGAGGAGAAGAAACCUAUUUAAGUAAUUUUGAAGAUUAGGCUAAACACAAAAUGCACUCUGACCACUUUUUAUCGUCAAUUCUUGAAAAAUAAAUGGGAGCUUAUUAAGCAUACACACAGAGGAAUGAAAAUUCCUCGAAAAAAAUUAGCUUAAAAGUUAAUAUAUAUAGAAAAAGUUUUAAGAAGAAAAAAUAUAUAUUUUGAAAAUAUUUCUAAAAACUUAAUGAGGAAAAUCUACAGAAUCCAAAUAUUAGAAGAUUUAAGGAUAUUUUGCUGAGGAAUUUAUAUUGGAAUGUUUGCGUGAAUGAAUGAGCUGAAAUAUUUUCUACACCAUAAGGUCUCAUGAAUUUUUACGUGUAAUUAAAUAUCGCGUAGAUUUUCUUAUAGAAUUUACCAUCUAAUUUAUAAAAAAAAACUAAAGGAAAAAACACUGCAACAAGUUUUUAAGGAUGAAGAAAUAUUAACUGAAAGAGCCUAUUUAGAGAUAUUUAUACUUAACCUACCUACCUAUAUAAUUUAAAUAGGAAGAAAAUGCACAGAAAAAAAAGAUAUUUGAAUUAGAUAAAUGCACAUUUUGUAGGAAUUUAUAAUUCUUAAAUAGGAAAAAUUCUUGCGGAAGUAAAUAAGCUAAGAAAAUAUCCUUAUUUGUGUGCAAGAAAAUUGUUAAAUAUAAAAUUAAAUAGAAAAGUGAUAAACCAAAGUUUAACAAAAAAAAAGUAAUCCUAAAAUACAGCCUAAAGCCUAAAAGAUUUCUCUAAAUGUUUGUUGUAUUUCAUGGCUAUUCUUUCUUGAAGAAAAAAAGAAGAAUAUUUAAAAGCUCAACUGCAGCAAUUUAUGUUUAAAAAUUCUUUAAAAUUACUUUUUUGUUUUUUUUUUGGCUGCUUUAGUGGAAUAAAAGGAAACAAAAUCAUCUACAAAGUCAUAUAAACUCAAUAAUUAGGAGCUUUUGCAUUUUUUUUCAUCUAUAUUGCAUUACUUUUUUGUCAAAAUAUAUAUACUUGUUGCAGUGAAUACAUAGAAAAGAAGCAGAGAAAUUUCAUAUUGACUAAAAAUCAUUUUUUGAAUAAAAUAUUAUUCUUUCCCAUAUACCAAUCAUAACUGAAGAAAAAGCCUAUUUAAUGAUAGUUUUUUUAGGAAGAAUAUAAAGGAAAAAAGGAUGAAAUGUAUUUGAAUUAUAAUAAUUAUAAUUUAUAUAUGAAAUUAUAUUGAAAAAAAAAGUAAUUAUAUUGUUACAAAAAAUAUAUAUUAAUGAAUGAAAAAAAACACCAUUUUGUGUGUAUGAUGAAAAAAUAUAAAAUAAACAAGAUGAGGAAAGAAAUCAAAUGAAAAACCAAAGUUUAACAAAAAAAAGAGAUAAAAAGUACAAGAUUUAUCAAUGUUUAUGGUGUUUGGUGACUUUUCUCCUCUUUUAUGAACGUUCAGCAGGAUAAAAUUACAUACAAUGAGAAGCUCAAGAGAAGCGCUUUUUACCAUGAAAAUCUUGAUGAUUCGGAAUCAAUUAGAGGUGAAGAGAAGGCAAAAAAAAUUUUAGAGAAAUAAUAUAGAGAUCUUGUAUUAAUUGUUCACAGAAAAUCUAAUAAAAACCAUCAUGAAAUGUGAAA